UGUGUCGCGGAAAGAACGUCUAUCGUGUUUUGCAAAAAGUAAAAUCUUUGUGAAUCGAAAUUUUCGUGAUUCGUUUGAAACACCGAGAUAAGUCUCAGCGAGAUUUCCUCACGAUUACUUAUCACGAUGGCGAACAAUUGCACUCGCUCUAUCGGAUGAAAGAUGUACGCUUGGAUUGUACACAGCAUCGAGAACGGCGCGUCGGAUGUUCGGACCCUACGGGAGAAUGUCGAUUGGACAACCGAGUCAGUCGGGUCAUCAGAACGAGAGGCAGUCGAGUGGUAGGAACGGUGGUGGUGCGGUGACCAGAUACGGCAGAAUUUGGAUCGUGAGGUGUCAACUGCUGGACUAAUGCGGCCCCGCGAUGAUCGACGGGGACGAGAAGACGGUGGUGGCCCCCAGGUGGAAGAACUAUGUAAGAGACGAAGCGCGAAGCGGGGGGGAGGACGAGGUCGUCGUCUCUCCACCAGCGGCAGCGUGGCUCAGGUGCCAGAAGGUGGCAGAAGAGGUGAAGGACUGCGACGGCGAGAUCGAGUCGACGGAUGCGACGACGCGUCGGGGUAGUGCAAGGACAACGACAGCGUCCAGGAGCAGCGAAGCAGGCGGGCAGCGCAGGUACUCGACGCAGGAGGCCGAGGAAGACGAUGAUGGCGGUGGUAACAAUCGCAGGAAGCGAAAGAAGCGACGGAAAACGCAGCGGAACAAGCAGCAGUUGCAACUGCAGCAACCACAGCUGGAGGUGACGACUGGCAGCGGUCUGCAGCGGUCGCACGCGCUCGUUCUCGCUUCGUCGUCCGAUGAGGUGGAAGCGGUGGGCGAGUGCUCGAAGAGGGACUCAUCUAGCAGCCUGGGCGGCGGUAGCCGGCACAACACCUUGCGAGAGUCUCUGCUGACGGUGCUGGGCAAGCUAGUGAUUUGGAAAGGCACUAGAUACCGCUCCGCUACCGCCGCGUCGUCCUCCUCGUCGGCGCCACCGAAUUCACCACCCGCCACCGAGUGCAUUGGUCGUAGCACGUCCUUCUUCUCCAGUGAAACAGAGAGGCGAAUUCGCGCCAAUAAUCGCGAGUACAACUCACAGUUUAAUUAUGCGAAUAAUUACAUCAAGACGUCCAAGUAUUCGGUUCUGACGUUCCUACCAUUGAAUUUGUUCGAGCAAUUUCAGCGGCUCGCUAACUUUUACUUUCUAUGCCUGUUGGUGCUUCAGAUGAUCCCCGCCAUAUCUUCUUUAACUCCUAUCACUACAGCCAUACCGCUUAUAGGGGUACUCACGCUCACUGCCGUCAAAGAUGCCUAUGACGACUUUCAACGGCAUAGCAACGACUCUCAAGUAAAUAAUAGAAAAUCCCGAACAUUGCGGGGUACUAAUCUUCGUGAGGAAAAAUGGUCGCAGGUUCAAGUAGGCGACGUAAUCAGAAUGGAGAACGAUCAGUUUGUCGCAGCGGAUGUUCUACUGCUAACGACGAGCGAACCGAAUGGCCUCUGUUACAUCGAAACAGCAGAAUUGGACGGGGAGACGAAUUUAAAGUGUCGUCAGUGCCUGCCCGAAACUGCCGAGAUGAUGGAUAAUCACGAAUUGAUCGGCCAGUUCGAUGGAGAGAUUGUUUGCGAAACCCCCAAUAAUUUAUUAAAUAAAUUCGAUGGAACACUAACAUGGAGAGGAAAAAAGUACGCAUUGGAUAACGACAAGAUUAUUUUACGGGGCUGCGUGCUUAGGAAUACGCAGUGGUGCUAUGGCAUGGUGAUCUUUGCGGGCAAGGAUACCAAACUGAUGCAAAACUCAGGGAAGACCAAAUUUAAGAGGACCUCUAUAGAUAGACUACUGAAUCUUCUUAUCAUCGGAAUAGUGUUUUUUUUACUUUCCUUAUGUCUGUUCUGUAUGGUCGGCUGUGGUAUUUGGGAAAGCCUUGUGGGUCGUUAUUUCCAGGCGUACCUACCUUGGGACUCGUUAGUGCCGAGCGAGCCCAUUACCGGUGCCACAGUGAUUGCCCUACUCGUGUUCUUUUCGUACUCUAUCGUAUUGAACACAGUGGUACCGAUCAGUUUAUAUGUGAGUGUCGAAGUUAUUCGAUUUGUUCAGUCAUUUUUAAUAAAUUGGGACGAAGAAAUGUACUACGCGCCCACGAAAACACACGCUAAAGCAAGGACUACUACGUUAAAUGAGGAGCUAGGCCAAAUAGAAUACAUAUUCUCCGACAAAACCGGGACGUUGACGCAGAAUAUAAUGACUUUCAAUAAGUGUUCUGUGGCGGGCAAGUGUUACGGCGACGUCAUUGAUGAAGUUACCGGCGAGGUCAUCGAUUUGAGCGAGACAAUGCCACCCUUGGAUUUCUCAUUUAACAAGGACUACGAACCAGAUUUCAAAUUCUACGAUCCCGCGCUGCUCGAAGCCGUGAGACGGGAAAAUCAGGACGUCCACAGUUUUUUCAGACUGCUAGCACUUUGCCAUACUGUUAUGCCGGAAGAAAAACACGGCAAGAUUGAAUACCAAGCACAAUCGCCCGAUGAGGCUGCCUUAGUAUCUGCAGCUAGAAACUUUGGUUUUGUUUUCAAAGAGAGAUCGCCCAACAGUAUAACGAUUGAAGUAAUGGGAAAGAAAGAGAUAUAUGAACUUCUCUGUAUUCUGGAUUUUAAUAAUGUGCGAAAGAGGAUGUCUGUAAUUUUAAGAAAAGACGGACAACUCCGAUUGUAUUGCAAAGGAGCAGAUAACGUUAUUUAUGAGCGAUUAAAAAAGGAUAGUGAAGAGAUAAUGGCAAAAACAUUGGAUCAUCUAAAUAAGUUCGCAAGUGAAGGCUUAAGAACACUGUGCCUUUCUGUAAGAGAUUUGGACGAAAGUUUUUUCAAUAAUUGGAAGCAACGACAUCAGGAAGCGGCAUUAAGCCAAGAGAAUAGAGAUGAUAAGCUGGAUGCGAUUUACGAAGAGAUAGAGAAAGAUAUGUCGUUAUUGGGUGCUACUGCCAUCGAAGAUAAAUUACAAGACGGUGUACCUCAGACUAUCGCCAAUCUGAGCCUCGCUGGUAUCAAACUUUGGGUGUUAACUGGUGACAAACAAGAGACAGCUAUCAACAUUGGAUACUCAUGUCAGUUAUUGACGGAUGACCUCACGGAUGUCUUUGUGGUAGACGGCACAACUUACGAUAGCGUGGAGUCGCAAUUAAUGCGAUAUUUGGAUACCAUUAAGAUGGCCUCGACCCAACAAAAACGGCCAACUCUCUCCAUUGUCACAUUCAGGUGGGACAAGGAAAGCAGUGAUACCGAAUACAAUCCUAGUAGGGACGAACAGGAUGAACACGAGAUGGAGCAGUCAACGGGAUUUGCAGUAGUUAUAAACGGACAUUCUUUAGUUCACGCGUUACAUCCGCAGCUGGAACAACUUUUUCUAGAAGUGUCCAGUCAAUGUAAAGCUGUAAUAUGUUGUCGGGUGACGCCAUUGCAAAAGGCGAUGGUCGUUGAGUUAAUUAAGAAAAAUAAAUCUGCGGUAACACUAGCGAUUGGCGACGGCGCCAACGACGUCUCGAUGAUAAAGACGGCCCAUAUUGGUGUUGGUAUCAGCGGGCAGGAAGGAUUGCAGGCGGUGUUAGCCUCCGACUAUUCGAUAGGACAAUUUAGAUUUUUAGAGAGGUUACUUCUGGUCCAUGGCAGAUGGUCGUACUACAGAAUGAGUAAAUUCCUUAGGUAUUUUUUUUACAAGAAUUUCGCGUUCACCCUUUGCCACAUCUGGUUUGCUUUCUUCUGCGGAUUCAGCGCACAGACUGUAUUUGAUCCUAUGUACAUUUCCGUCUACAAUUUAUUUUAUACCUCAUUACCAGUCUUGGCGGUUGGUAUUUUCGAUCAGGAUGUUAACGAUAAGAAUAGUUUAAUGUAUCCGAAACUAUACGCACCAGGAUUACAAAAUUUGCUCUUCAACAAAAAGGAGUUUUGUUGGAGCGCUUUACAUGGUUUUUAUGCUAGUUGUGUAUUAUUUUUAGUACCUUACGGGACAUACAAGGACGGGGUAUCACCCAAGGGUUAUGUACUUUCUGAUCACAUGCUGCUGGGCAGUGUAGUAGCCACUAUAUUAGUUAUAGUCGUCACUGUUCAAAUAGCUCUCGACACAUCGUAUUGGACAGUUUUCAACCACAUUAUGGUGUGGGGCUCGCUCAUCUGGUAUUUUAUUUUAGAUUACUUUUACAAUUUCGUCAUAGGUGGUAGUUACGUCGGCAGUCUCACGAUGGCCAUGUCAGAAGCGACCUUUUGGUUCACUACAGUGAUAUCCUGUAUAAUUCUGGUGAUACCAGUACUAUCAUGGCGAUUCUUCUUCAUGGACGUUAGACCGACACUGUCCGACAGAGUCAGACUGAAGCAGAGACUGGCACAACUACGUUCUCGUCAAAGCCAAGACAUAUUACGUACCCCAUCUACGAGACGUACACGGCGAUCUUUACGCUCAGGCUACGCCUUCGCUCAUCAAGAAGGUUUUGGCAGACUCAUCACGUCUGGAAAAAUUAUGCGCAAAUUGCCAAAUGGUGCUGAUUUUAAGUUUUCUAUGCCGUUUACGAACAAUGUUACGAAGCAGGUUAAUGUUGCUACAACAUCACCAAAGGACAACAGCGCAUCUAGAAAUUCACAUACGUUGGACACGAUCAAUUUAUAAUAUCUCGAAUGUUUUAGUCAACUCAACGGACACUAAAGUGUAGAUGACUAAUGAGGUUCUCUUAAUUUACUUAGCUACGAACAUUAAGCCAAAAUGAACUCGUCGAAUUUAUUGAUUCUGGUGUAUCCCAUUGAAAUCGUGUUCCCAAUUAUUUUUUCUUCUUUUUUUGUGUUAAUUAAAAGGUGCAAGUGUAUUGUAUGUAGUAUUUGAGAAGAUCUCGUGAAGCAUUGAUAUCUGUGAUUGUUAUAUUUAAUUUAAACAUUUAUUUAUUUGAGAAAAAUGUUAAUCAAUUAGAAACUAUUACGAUUUAUAACACAUGCCUAUAAACAACGAUAAUAAUAUUAAAACACAAAUGUAUGUAACUUUGUUAAUACAUCUAACGCAAUGAAUUCCAGUGGGAUACAUUGAGUUAUACUAUAAUAGAAGUAGCAUAUGCUAUUUACGUCUAUACAUCACUGUUAAGUAUUUAUAGAUUUAUUAU